AUGAAUGGAAAAGGCGGCAAAGUUCCGUUGUCAGUGGCUCGCCACUCGACGUACAACGCGAUAGCUCUGGAGCAAAUAAAAAAUGAAUUGAUGCCGUACGAGACGGGUCAGCCGCUGAGUGGAAGUCAGAUCGCCGCACCGCUGAAGCGCAAACCAAGCAUCGAAAAGGAUGCCCCCCAGUCGCCGCUGCAUAUGCAGCGAACCAGUCCAGCGCUCGAUUCCGGCGCCGGAAGUUCCCGCUCGAACAGCCCGCAUUCGCAGCAACCGUUCUCGGCGGCGCUGGGACGCAGCUCGCAAUACUCACCGUCGCCCUGCCCGACCAACUUUAGCGAUGCGCCACCGAUACCGCCACCGCGCUGCUCCUCGAUGCCGUCCACGCCUCAGCCACCGAACCCGAUGCAUCUGUUGAAGCGCAUGUCCCCGGCGUCGGUGGCGUCCGGACGGAACGGUCAGUUUGGUGGCGCAUCAUCGCAAUCGCCCGCCCGUGGUUCGUCUCCGAUCGCGAGCACCGGCAACCACCAGCUACGCCAGCCCAUUAUCGUGCAGAACGGGCCGCAAGUGCAGCAGCAGCUCAGUCAGCAGAUGGCAGUGUACACGGGGAACGAGCCGCCACCGCCGUACCCCCAGAUUGGCCCGUCUUCCCCGCCCAACUAUCUGACGUCGUUCCACAGCCGCCAGAGCCCGACGCAAUCGUCCCAGUCGGACUUCCGCAAGAGCCCCAGCUCGGGCUUUUACUCGAACGCGUCCAUCGGCUCGUCCAGUCCGAUCACCGUGUCGCAGGGUGGCAGUUCCGGCGUAGGUGGUGGAAAUGGCUCCGCCACCGGGGGCUCGAUACAGCGGCCGAUUCCGCUGCAACCGAAACCCUCAUCUGUGCAUCCAGCCCCGGCAAAGGCGGCCCAACAUCCGAUCAUUAUGCACUCGGUAAAGUCCACCCAGGUGCAGAAACCGAUCCUGCAGACAGCAGUAGCCCCGCCAGCCCCGGCCGGAGCAGGAAGUCACCCGCUGCAAGCGAUUGAUCGGCAUAACAAUCCACCACCGCCGUCGUAUGCCGUUUCCGUGCAGCACAAGCUGAGUAAGGCGGCGUCAGGAUACGCUACGACGCCACCUCCUUCGCCAUCCGCGCUCGGACACGACGCUGGCCACCCGGUACGCCACCCGACACCGGCUCCAGCAGGACCGGGUGCGUCCAGUGCAGCCCCGAAGCAGCCACUGCGCGCCAAACCGUCCUUGCCGGGACUGCCACCGAAUGUGCUUCCUUCCAAUGUGCCAGUGCCGGGCGGUCGGGGUGGCAGCGAUGGCGUGAACGGGCAUGGACCGUCGACAGGUGCUCCGCCGCAGGUGCUGCAACCGGGUGGCGGCAGCGGAAGCGCCACCAGCUCCAGUGGAGCCGGUUCCGGCUCAAGCGGUGGCUCACCGAACGAUCCACCAUCGUACGAUUCGACCAUGAUACUGCUGCAGAAGCACUCGUCUCCGAAGAAGGAACCACCGCCUGCCUAUCUGCGGGACGGUGGAGGUACACCACCACCACUGCCCCCAUCUCCCCACUGCCCGCCCGCGGCGAUCGAGCUGGACCAGUUGCAGCAGCAACAUCGCUCUAACAACGGCGGAGGUGUUGGCAGCAGCAACCACCACCCGCAGUCACAUCAGCACCAGCUUCAACACCAUCAUCACAUACACCACCAGCACCACAAUGGCCAUGGCUCUCCCGGUACCAUGGACAUGGGUGUCGGCGGCAGUAACGCCGGGGGUAACGCGAGCAGCUCCAAUCCGGGUGCAAACGGUAGCAGGAAUCACGGCGCGAACAGCGGUGCCGUUAAUGCCAGCAGUAACCUUAUGCAUUGCAACCACAAUCACGAUCACGCGGGUACACUGAUCCAUGCCGGCGGCAGUACUACGAGCAGCAGCAGCAGUAGUAGUGUCAUUAUCAUGAGCAACGGGAAAGCGGUUAGCAGCAGCAGCAGCAACUACGCGGUUGCCUCCAAUUCGCGGAUCGGUGGCGAUGACGGUGGACAAGAACAUCUUUCGCAUCACCAUCACCAUCUGCAUCACGCCAAUGCCGCUACCAAUGGGCCACCGUUGCAGCAGCCGGGAGACUCGAAGCAGCAGCUACCUUCGGGCAAGGUCUCGCUGAAAACGGGUUCCACGAUCGCGUCCUCGGGGCACGGGUUUACGGGUGCCCUCAAGAGCUUCGGUGCACUCAUGGUAGGCGGUCAACAGCAGCAGCAACAACAGCAACACCAGAACCACCACCACCAAAACCAUCACCAACAGCAACAUCAGACGCAUGAGCCGAAGCAGCGUGGCAUGGCGGCGGCCAGUGGUGGAGUACGAGGUAGCCUUAUGAAAACGGUUCGCUUUCCGAACGGUGGCGGUCGUAACGGUCCCGUACCGCCGGCUUACACGAACGGUGGCAGCUCCCUGCAGGACGUGGGACUACAGCCUCCGGUCACUGGAGGUGGUAGCGGAGGAGGAAGUGGCUCGGGUAGCAGUGAGUCUUCCCCGGCAACGACACCAACCUCAACGCAGGCGAUCACCGGUGGAGGAGCUGCGAAUGCGUCCUCCAGUGGUGGUGGUAGCAGCGCGGCUAGCGCCAAUACCGGUUCCAAUGGUGCCGGAAGUGGUGGUGGUGGCGGUGGUGGAGAAGAUGACCCGAACAAGAUCAAACACCAGUCUCCGAUCCCGGAACGGAAGAACCUGUCGAAGGAGAAGGAAGCGGAACGGUCCGAGUGCAAGGUGAAGCACUAUUCGCCCCAGGCGUACAAGUUUUUCAUGGAACAGCACAUCGAGAACGUGCUGAAAUCGUACUCACAGCGCAACUUCCGCAUCAAGCAGCUUGAGAGUGAAAUGUCGAAGCUCGACUUGCCGGAAGAGACCAAGAUCGAGAUGCGCAAGCUGCUGUGCCAGAAGGAGAGCAACUACAUCCGGUUGAAGCGGGCCAAGAUGGACAAAUCGAUGUUUGCCAAGAUCAAGACGAUCGGGGUCGGUGCGUUCGGUGAGGUGACACUGGUGAAGAAGAUAGACACCACCAAUCAUCUGUACGCGAUGAAGACACUGCGCAAGGCGGACGUGCUCAAGCGGAACCAGGUGGCACACGUGAAAGCCGAACGCGACAUCCUGGCCGAGGCGGACAACGAGUGGGUGGUGAAGUUGUAUUACAGCUUCCAGGAUAAGGACAAUCUCUACUUCGUCAUGGACUACAUACCGGGAGGAGAUCUCAUGUCGUUGCUGAUCAAGAAGGGCAUAUUCGAGCAAGACCUGGCCCGUUUCUACAUAGCCGAACUAACGUGCGCGAUCGACAGCGUGCACAAAAUGGGAUUCAUUCAUCGGGACAUCAAGCCGGAUAAUGUGCUGAUUGAUCGCAAGGGACACAUCAAGCUGACCGAUUUCGGGCUGUGCACCGGGUUCCGAUGGACGCACGAUUCGAAGUACUAUCAGAAAAACGACCAUGCCAGGCAGGACUCGAUGGAGGCAUGGAGUAAGUUUGGUUCGGAAAUUCCACCACCUCUGGAAAGGCGAAAAUUCCGGGAGAAAAACCGCGCCAAGGCACACUCGAUCGUCGGUACGCCCAACUACAUCGCACCGGAGGUGUUGCUGCGCAGCGGUUAUACGCAGCUGUGCGACUGGUGGAGUGUGGGCGUCAUCCUGUACGAGAUGCUAGUCGGACAGCCUCCUUUUCUGGCCAACACGGCUGAGGAAACACAGAUUAAGGUUAUCAACUGGCGGCAGACGCUGCGCAUCCCACCGGAGGCGCAACUGACGCCAGAAGCGAAGGACAUCAUACUGCGGCUGUGCAAGAACGAAGACGAACGGAUCGGGCGCAACGUGGACGAGAUCAAGUCGCAUCCGUUCUUCCGCGCGAUUGACUUCAGCAAGGAUCUGCGGAGCCAACAGGCACUGUACGAGCCCAAGAUCAAGUACCCGACGGACACGUCUAACUUCGAUCCGAUCGAUCCGGGCAGGCUGCAGGACUCGUCGUCGUCAUGUGACGACGGUGGGCACGGCAACCUGGAUGAGGUGUGCGACAGUGGGAAACCGUUCCACCACGGGUUCUUUGAAUUUACCUUCCGGCGGUUUUUCGACGACGAUUGUGAUCACAAAAUCACGCUCGACUCGAGUGAGGGGCAGGCGGAAGCUAUUUAUGUAUAAUAUAAUAAUUUACUAAUACUAUUAAUCUAUUCAGUAAUACCGAAUAUUAAGCCUAAAUAAUGAAUAUAAUUAUUGGUGUUGUGCGGGCGGUGCGUUCUCAGAGUCGUUGCGGUGUCGUUACGCGCUUGGUAGCGGGGUUACGGCCAAAAUGUUAUACCAUGCCCGAGGCGAUGAGGAAGGGACAGCUGGACGGAAGGAAAGGAAUCGAAUUCAACGCCGCGCUCUGGAAACAAGCAGAACGUAGCAGGGAAGAGCAAGGUUAACAAGUAAAAAGUGCUCUUAUAAAAGUAGGAAUUUUAGAGGCCUUGUUGCAGGAAAGGGAAGAAC